ACGGAGUGGAGAUUUCUUGGUUUUACAAAUGAGGAGCAAUAUUGUCUUCAGUUCUGAUGCAUGAGAAACCAGCUGUUUACUGAGCUACGCCAAAUUCCUCCACCAGAAGGCCUUGUAAAAUGUCAGCUUCCAAGAGAUUUUCUGUGGUGUGCGUCCUCCUUAGCCUGUGUUUUAGUUAUCUGCUUGUGAACUGUGCUGCAGAGCAGGCAGACAAUGUGACAGAAGGGGUGACAGAAGGAGUGGUAGAAGCAAUGACGAAAGGGGUGACAGAAAGGGUGGGGGAUAAGUUCCCAAACCCCUGGCAGUACCCAGAGCAAUGCCGACGACCGGGCACAGAGAAAUCUUGGUUUUGUGAUGUGGAUGGUGUGCUUCCAAAGGAACAGGCUGACAGCAUUGAUUCUCUCCUGGUUAGCAUCAAUGCCAAUGCCUCAUGUGUUUGCAACUGCAGCGGUAACACAACACUUGAGCUUGCUGAUGAUGAGGGAUAUGUAAUGGGUGUGGCUGUGGUGACAAGUCUGGAAGAAGAUUUAUCUGUAGCUAAUCGGACCUAUCAUCUGGAGCGAUUUGGUGAUGCAGUCAGGCAAGACUGGUUCAGCGACCGUACCUGUGACGACAGCGCCCUCAUCUUCACGCAUUACAUGUACAACUGCUCAAAGAUCUACAUCUCCCUUGGUGAUGCUUUCGACAGCCUUCUCCCCAGUCAGUCCCUGUCAUCUAUCUAUGCUGCUGCCCAGCCAAGCCUGGACACAGGAAACGUUGGCCAAGCGAUCACCGUAACCAUCCAGAAACUGAAUGCUGCUAUUAAUCAGGCAAUGAGACCCACCGAGCCCCCACCCCCGAAUAACUUGGUGUGGGGGAUACUGGGUGUGAUUACCAUUUCAUCGAUUCUGCUGUUCCAUUACUGGAUCAAGUAUUAAUAGUACUGGGAUGAGAUUCUUCUGAUUUUUGGUAGAAUUCCGACCUUAUUUUGUGUGGCAAAACAUGUAUUCAGGUUUGAAACCAAUGCCAAUGUACCUCGAAUGCUACAUUAGCAGCUUGCUUUAUUUUUGACCACGUAUCACCACACCACACCACACCACAUGCCCUUGCAUCAACAUUGACCAAUUUCCGACCUUUUUGUUAUCUCAGUCACAAUAUCAUCCCCGGAGAGAAUUAACUUGUGAUGAAACUCCAAAGUGAUGAAUAAAAUCAUAUUUUUUUUGGGACAACAAAUUUUGGUUGGUGCUUGAGUUGUGGGUUAUUGCCACAGAAGUGUCAGGCUAGGGGAAUUCCCUGGAAAAGUCGAGACCAUUAGCCUGUACAGGACUUAACCUUUUCAUGCCCAUUUCAUCAUUGCCAGUACUGUAAAACGGUCCAGGGAACCUAAAUUUGAAGGGAUUCACAAUACACGAAUCCGAUUUUGAAGUCACAGUGACAGUUCUGGUAGCCAUUACUGGGACGCCUCCAUACCUGAGCACCCAUCACACAUGCGCUCUGUAUCUCUGAACACGUCACUAAAGGGGAGUGCAUUGGGAGAACUACAAAGCGGGCUUUAAUUUGGAGCGUCCAGUAAUUGUGGAAAGCCAGUCCAGUAAUCACAAAAAGUGGGCAACUGGGAUUGGUGUAUGCAGUGCACCACUAAGCAAAUUGCCUUGCCGAGACCCCUUUUUUAUUUCGCAGUUGACUUCUGCAUAAUUGUUCAGCAGUUUUACCCACAGUAUCACACAGACAGGAAGCAUUGCAAAUACUGACCCUGAUUCAUAGGUGAAAUUCUUACCUAAAUCACACUUGUCCAACAAAAGUUGAAAAGAAAUGGAGCUUUGUUGAACGUAGUUUCACGAAGACUACAAAUGGUCAAAUACAAUGGAUAUUGACUUUCUCCAUGAUGCACUAACCUCAUAGUUGGGCACUAAAAAAUCACAGAUUUUUUCAAGUAUAAAACUCCCUAACCAAACUGAAAUUAGCCUUUUUGAUAUAUUUGAAUCUGUUCGACUAUUUACUUUCAAAGAAUUAGCAGUAGCAGCUCACUUAUUUCUGGCUUUGGUCAUUUAUGCGAUAUUGAUCUUUGAGGUGCAUGUACAAACAAUAAUUUUCCCGGUUUUUAAAUUAUAAUGAAAAUAAAAUUGUGUGCAAUAGUUUGCAAACAUAAACUUAAAUUCUGUUAAAUCAAUUCUAAAGAUAUUUUUUUGUAUAAUGUGUAAAUGCCAGAUCAUAUUUGAUGCGAAUGUUAAUACGACGCAAAUUUGACCGCAUACAACAUUUACAGCAAAAUUUGCCCGAGUUAAAAUGCGUUCAACUCUUGAGAAUUCACAUCUCAAAAUCUUGACAUGACGUCACAAAUUUGCCUUUCGCAUUCACUCCAAGUAUGAGGUGUGUAGUGAUAAACCAAUAUUAACCUUGCUUUAAAUUAACUUGUAUGGUACAUGUAUUAGAAAUAGCAACCAUUUAUUUCAUACAAACUUUGUAGCAGCCUUCUACAUUUUUUUCCAGUAAGUUCGAGGUUUGUAGGUUUACAAUUUUUGUGAUCUUUCUUUUUUGUGUGAUUUGCCAGGAAAAGUUGUUCAUUGGUGACAGUAAUGAAAUAGUGUGUUUAAACAGGCAUGCAACUUUUCCUUGGAUCCGCUAAUUUGGCCUCGUUUUUUAGUUGUCAUGAAUGCCAUUAGAAAUUGAAAAAUACUGUACAGUCUUUGAGUUUCCUCAUUUUUCACCUCUUAAUUCCCAGUUGCAUGCCUGUUUAAAGUGCAAACCAUUAGAUUGCACGUAUGUAAACAUACAGUAUAUGUCAUUACAACUCAGGGCUAUUAUUUAAAUGCAAAUGCAUUAUAAUUAGUAGCUCAAUCUGCUCAAAAACAUACAUGUACAUCUAGCAUUCAUAUGCAAAAUAAUAGUUUAGUGAUCAUUGGCACUUUGUACUAGUAGAAUUCAGAUUUGUUUUAAAACCCAGUGUGCCUAGUGAAUAGUUCCAUAUGCCAGUCUAUAGUCUUCCAUUGUGACAGUUGAUAUGCAAAAAUAUUCAUUUUGUGUCAUUUUGAAAUCCAAAAAGUGAUGAUAAUUGGUGAUUUUGGUGGUAGUCGUGAGUAUAUGUGGGUAGCAAUGAUGCUGGUGAUAAAGCUGAUGAAAUUAUUUCAUUUGUUUUUUAAGAAUUGAGAUAUUAUUUCUGCAUUCUGCAGAACAAAGGCUUUCUAAAUGAUAUAACAUUCGGGGUUACUAAUAGAAAUAUAGACUGCCAACUAAAUUGAAUGUGUAAAAGUAAUUGAGAAAAUCACGUUUUCUGUUACUGAAAAAUUAAUGUAAAUGCUUCUCACAUUCCAUGAAUAAUAUUAAUGAAAAAUCACUGAAUUCAAGUACAGAUGUAAUUAAGAUUAUUUAAACUGUAUUUUGUGCUUAUGUCAAAUGAUGUACAUACUUGAAUAUCUAUUUUUGAACAAUGUUUGAGUCAGUGUGUUUUUUACCAUGUGUGUUUAAAAAUUUGAUGCACAUGACUUUCCAAAACACAUUUUACGGCAGUUGCGCGUUUAGACUUGAAAUAUAUACUUAGCACUAUCUCAUGUUUAUUUUCUGUUUUACAAAAGAUGUUUGAAUAAAUACGAGAUUAUGAAUCAUAA